CUUUUCUUCGCGUAUGAGACAACUCGCAAAGCCAUGUUGCUGCUGGCCUUCGUUUCAAAGACAAGGUAGGUCGCAGUGAUGCUUGAUCAUCGAUAAGAGCAAUGGAGGGGCAAGCUGUGGAGAGCUCCAAACCUUUGCACACUUUGCAUGAGGGGAGAGGAGCGUGAACUGACUGAAGAAGCUGAAGUACUUGAAGAUCUUGAAACGAGUGAGCUGGCCUGUGUAGACUUGUACGGGCUCGUAUCUCAGGUGCAGCUCCGUGGCAAGCGCUUGGCAUUUCUUUUCAUUUCUUUGAUCGGCACUACUGAUGCGCUGCAGAGAGUGGUCUUUGAUCGGCGGCGCUUUGAUGAGAGCAGCGCAUUGGGAUUUCCGACCACAGGCUCCUGCGAGCAGUGUGUGCAUAUCCUUGCAGAAUCAGCGCUUCAAUCUUCAGACUUGUUUGCCAAAAGAUGGGAAAUCUUUUUACCGGCUGCAACUUUGCCUCCAGCCAUCAGCAUGGCGACCUCGACACGGUCGGAGUGCAGCUGGGUCUGCUGCCCGCUUUGCCCACAAUCUAUGCGGCGAUUUCGUCUCGGACGAGGGUUGCAAGAACAUCUAGAUGCAGUUCAUGGUGCAGAUAGACCUGGAAAUCAUGACCGCGCAGAUUGGCAUUUGAAGAUGGAAGGGUCAGCAAAGGCUCGUGGCAUCUUUGCUCAGCGCAGUGCCGCCGGCCUCGGGGGUCAGAGGCGUGGUGCCUUCGUGGGCCACGAGGCUGAUGCCUUGCCCGCCUUGCCGGCCUUGCCGGCGCUGAGUGGCGAUGUCCUCGAUGGCUUCGAUGGCUUGGCUGCUGCGGGCCGCGGCGAUGCGACUGCCCUGCAGCGAUUUCUGGAUGCAGGCUGGAAUCUGUAUGCUCCUGGAUCGCUGGAUCGUCAUGGUGCUAGCGCUCUGGAUUGGGCUUCUGGAAAUGGCCACAUUCACUGCGUUGAAUUGCUGCUGGAAGCUUCAGCUUGCCCACUAAAGGCCACUCGGCGUGAUGGCCGUGCUUGCGGGCAUUGGGCUGCACGCUUUGGCCGAACAGAGGUGCUGAAGCUGCUGCUCAGCUGUCAGGUCCACCCAGAUGUGCGCACAACAACGGGAAUAACCCCGCUGAUGCUUGCAAGCUAUGCGGGGCACACCGACGCUUGCCAGAUCCUUUUGGAUAGACGUGCAAACUUACACCAUCGAAACGCGUUUGAUUGCGAUGCUGGGCACUUUGCAGCGAUGGGCGGUGAUGUGGAGAUGUGUCGCUGGUUGAUUCAUCACGGCAUCUCCUUCAGUCGCCCGCAGUGCUCUGGACACACAGGUGUGCAUAAAGCUGCUGAGUGCGGUUCCCUCGAUGUUCUUUACUUCCUCCUCGACCAGAAUGCCGUCACAGAGGAGGAGAUCAAGAAGGUAAGAGCAAACGGACUGCCUUCGAAGACAGCUGAGCGAGAAGGACAUUUGGAGUGCCAGCGAUUGCUCGAGAAGGCGGGUCUUUAAUGGUCUUUAGACGGCAGAAUGGCAGAAACCCACAACACUUUCACUCAAUUCCUCUCGAUGGACAUGGAAGUUGCUCCGGCAAGAUGGACAAUUCCCAGCGAUGGAACGACAACUUGUCAAGAAGACUGGCGUGCAGCGAAUGAAGUGCAGAACCGGGGCAGGGAUGGACUCACGUCAAGUUGCUGGAUGACAGAGCGUGUUGCAGCAGAUGCAGACUGAAGAGGUGACUGCCGACAGAACUGAAGACUGGCAAAGAUGAUCAAAGCCAAGUUGCAGCUCCGCGUUCUUCUGCAAAUUGACAGAUGGCGGUUGCGUUGGACACCCCGUAAAGGCUAGCUGGAUUGAGAAGUGUUUGAUUUCACGUGUGCGGUCCGCUAGGCACAGGAUCCAAAACGGAUCAGAUUUGAAAACACUUUCAAGAUCUUUCAAGACAUGUUGAGAGGCAGGUUUCUUGCUGGGCGGAAUUUCGUUGCGGAAAAAUUGAGAAAA